UGAUGUACAAAACAUUCAUAGAUUCUGAGAGUUAAAUGAACGAAUGUUUGAAAGAUUGGAUUCAUUUGUCCACAGUUAUGAACGAUCGAUUCCUAAAAUGGAUUAGUGAAUAACGUCGAUGCAAGAUUGAUUGAUUUACAAUUAUGACGUGGGAUUGAUAAGUUCAUGCAUACACAUGAAGGGAUGCUCAAACUUUAAGACAUCAUACAUCGCGUGUUUGUUUUUCAUACUAACUGGUAUAUCACUAGGGAUCUUAAUCAUUAUGUGUUUAGAAUAUGCACAUCCGCACUUGACCUUGAUGUCCUACCUGCACACAAACUGUACAAUCGCGUCAUCGGUCUACACAAUGACGUACUUCUGUGACGCCACAAUGAACUGUGUGACGUCAUGUGCCUCAAGGUACCCAUGCCUCCUGAUUCAUACAACAGUGCUCCUAGAGAAUGGUCAGUGGAGUAAAAUGAUACCCGUCUUCGCUAGUGAUACUCAAAAGAAAUAUGCCUCUGAUACUGAUCAAAGGUGCUCAUUCUCCAUAUGCAGCAUUGAUGCGAGUGACAACAUGCUCAAGGUUAUAGAAUUCAGAAAGAGACAGGGACAAACUGGAAGCGUACAAACAUGUUACUAUGAUCCAGGUGAUAUUACGGGAGGCGCCAUCUUUGAAAGGACAACCAAUUGGGUGCCUGUAUUCCACGCGACUGUGUGGCCAUCUAUAAUAACUGCGAUCAAUGCAAUAGUAUGUAUCAUUACUUGCCAUAGAGCUUGGACAAAGAGCACUUGUGUAUCAUUAAGAAGUACUUUUAACCGGUCAAGGAGUUCUAGCUAUGCAUGUACAUCUACUAUCCCACCUAUCCAGGUAGCAACUGUAUCAGGCCCUGGAGUGCUACCAGAUUUCUUGCGUCAACAGCGUAGACUUCAAAACAAGCCAACCGUUACAAUAUAGCUUUCGUAGACGAAGGCUACCGUUGACAUUAUGGUUUGCUUCUAGAUACCUCUAGCUCUGCGAGCCAUUAAUGUAUCUUUAAGGUUGCGUUUUUGAACUGCCCGCGGUGCAAGUCAAUUGC